ACGUUGCGACAGAACCGUAAAGGCGCGCGGCAGUGGUGCAUGGCGCUGUACGCGGCGGCGGCGGCCGUGCUGGCUGGUGUGGAGAGCCGCCAGGGCUCCAUCAAAGGACUGGUGUACGCUAGCAGUUUCCAGAACGUGAAGCAGCUGUACGCGCUGGUGUGCGAGACGCAGCGCUACUCUGCGGUGCUGGACUCGGUCAUCUCCAGCGCCGGCCUCCUCGCGCCGAGAAGACGCGCCGAGAAGAAGCUUCGGCCGCACCUGGCCAAGGUGCUGGUGUAUGAGUUGUUGCUGGGAAGAGGCUUUAGAGGGGGCGGGGGCAGAUGGAAGCCUCUGCUGAACCGACACCAGGCCAGGCUGAAGGCCGAGUUGGCCCGGCUGAAGGUCCAUCGAGGUGUGAGCCGGAAUGAGGACUUGUUGGAAGUGGUGCGGCCUGGCGCAGCCUCCCAGGUGCCUCGAUUUGUGCGGGUGAACACGCUCAAGACCUGCUCUGAUGAUGCAAUCGAUUAUUUCAAGGAGACAAGGUUUUCCUACCAGGGCCGGGCUUCCAGCCUUGAGGACCUAAGGGCCCUCAAAGGGAAGUGUUUUCUUCUGGAUCCCUUGUUGCCAGAGCUGCUUGUGUUUCCUGCCCAAACAGAUCUGCAUGAACAUCCACUGUACCAAGCAGGUCACCUCAUCUUACAAGACAAGGCUAGCUGUCUCCCAGCCAUGCUGCUGGCCCCGCCCCCAGGGUCCCAUGUCAUUGACGCGUGUGCUGCCCCGGGCAAUAAGACCAGUCACUUGGCUGCUCUUCUGAAGAACCAAGGGAAGAUCUUUGCCUUUGACCUGGAUGCCAAGCGGCUGGCGUCUAUGGCUACUCUGCUGGCCCGGGCUGGAGUCUCGUGCUGCCAGCUAGCCGAAGAGGACUUCCUGGCAGUUUCACCCUCAGACCAGCGUUAUCGUCAGGUCCAGUACAUUUUGCUGGAUCCUUCCUGUAGUGGCUCUGGUAUGUUGACUAGACAGCUGGAGGAGCCUGGGACAGGUUUACCUAGCAAGGAACGUUUGCGUGCCCUGGCAGGGUUCCAGCAGCGAGCUCUGUGCCAUGCGCUCACUUUCCCCUCCCUGCAGCGCCUGGUCUACUCCACGUGUUCCCUUUGUCAAGAGGAGAAUGAAGAUGUGGUACAGGAGGCCCUACAGCAGAGUUCGGGAACCUUUAGGUUAGCUCCUGUCCUACCCUCCUGGCCCCACCGAGGCCUUAACACUUUUCCAGGGGCAGAACACUGUCUCCGGGCCUCCCCUGAGACCACACUCACUGGUGGCUUCUUCAUUGCUGUACUUGAACGGGUAGAGGUGCCAAGCUCAGUUUCACAGGCCGAAGUAUCAGCACCAGAACUUAGGUCCAGCCCUAGCCCAGCUCCGAAGAAAAAGAGGCGGCGGCGAAAUGCAGCAGCUGCUCCUAGCAUGCUACCUUGCACAAAGCAGGAAGGAAAUUGAUAGCCCUGUUUCUCCAGCUGGGAAGACAGAGCGGAUUGCCUCGUCCUUUUCGUACCUUCCCAGAGCCAUGUUCUUGCUGUUGCGAGAAGUGCUACCCACAAAAAUAAAAGGCAGGACAUGGUCUACGAUAGAUCACAGUUUUUUUUUAUUCUUAAUGACAUAAGCAAGGAGAAAAAUCUCACAUUCAUACUAAAAAUUCCAACUAGACUCACAGGAAUUAAGUCUUUAUUUGUAAUGGAAAGUCCCAGCCUCCCGUUCCUGUCCAGUGCACGUACAUGUACACAUACACACACACACUCACACUCAGGCUGUGCCAGGAACCCUCUUCAGGGGGUUCCUGGACCAACUGCCCUGCCUGUGGAACUGAGGUAAACUAGCUUAGAGUACUAAAACUAAGAGGGUCUACCUUACUUAAGGUAUAGGUAGAAGCUUGAUUUCUAGGCCCGUGCCCCACCACACCCCUCCAAUUCUAGUAGGUAUUUGAGACUUGAGGUUCAGGCUCCCUCCUCAGCUCCACAGACAGUUAAGUAUUAACAGAGCUCUUCUAGGGGGUGGGGAGCAGUCAGUCCCCUGCCACAAAACUUUCAACCUCAGUCACAAAAGGGUGAGGGGGACUAGUUACAUCUACAUCACAUUAUUU